UAUAGAAAAUAGACGCAUUUACUGUAAUAAUGCGAUGACUUUACAUACCCAGCGGUGCGCAGAGCGCUGUGAAUAUGUUGAGCACAUUAUAUGAGGCAAUUUAGUGUCCGCUGCUAAAUGAUUGUUGUACUUUGUACUCAGCUGUCAGCAACGUCAACACUACAGUAUGUCAUCUUCACAGAGGCUUGUUUUGGUUCUUGGAGGAGCUGGCACUGUGGGUUCUGGGAUUGUGAAAUGUCUUUUGCAGAAAGGCUUUCGGGUUGCUGUCAUUUCAAGGGAUGCAUCAAGACUGGAGAAGAUAAAGAGUUUUGUGCCAGUACCGUGCAAAGAGAAUCUCUAUACUUUGCUUGGAGAUGUAGGUUCUGAGCAAGGGGCACAAGAGGCAGCAGCAACUUUGCAAAGUCGAAUAGGAAAGGUAACAGAUGUGGUGUCCUCACUGGGGUUCAGCUGGUGGCAGGGUGGCCCUCCACACAUGCAGUCAUUGCAGGAGCUGCAAAAGGUGCUGGAGACCCUCCUUCUCAGUACAUUCACUGCCUGGAAAGCUUUCUUCCCUCUAGUGAAGGAUAAUCCAGAUGGCACCUAUUCCUUCAUUACAGGGGGUGCUGGAGAACGCCUGCUGAUGCCAGGUACAGGAUUCCUAACUUUGGGUGCAGCAGGGGCCCUGGCCUUUUCCCAGGUUGUUCGUGAGGAAUAUCCAGAUGUUCCAUGUAAAUUAAAUGAGAUAAAGAUCAACAUGGGGGUGGCCACACCAGAACGACUUGGUCCUGGAUAUGUCAGUCAUCUGGAGGUUGGAGAAGCUAUAGCAACGGUAGUAGAGAAAAGGCAUGUUUCGCAUACUGUGCUGUGCGUCAAUUCUACCACGGACCUUAAAACCCUUAUCUUGGAAGGAAAGCUGUAAUAUAUGGGACAGAUUCGACAUUAUGACAUAACCAGUCACCCUUGCUAAAUAUCCCUGCUCUCCCAGUGUGAAAAAUUCAGGCACAGCUGCCAAUACAUCAUACUUCCUUCUAUGAACUGUACAAAAUGACAACAUCUUAUCCAAAUCUGGCUAAAUGACAGAGAGCUCCAAAUAAUGUCUGGAUGGCCAUCUCCCAUAGACUUCAUUUUAAUCAAAUACUUCAAAUUUUUAAAGCAGGUUUAAAGUAUGGUGAGAAGUAUGGAAGAAUCCCUUAUGUGAAAAAGCCCAUGUCUUGAGCAUUCUGGAUAACAGGUCCCAUACCUGUAUAUUGCUUUUAAUGUUCUCGUGUGUAAAGGUUGUUCUUUUAUAAUGACUCCCUAGUACUAUACCUAACAGACAUCUUUUUACAAUCACUCUUAGCAGCUAAUCACAGCAAUGUUUAUUGAUGACAAUUUAUCUAUAACACACGUUUGUGAUAUCUGAAAUGAAUGCAGUUUACAUAGGACACGAUCCCUUGUCUAGCUAUAGGCAUAAUCCAACUCCCCCUUAUCUGACUUCUCAAGCAGGAUCUAAUUUUUGUAUCCUUUUUUCAGCUGUGCAUAGUAUUACACUGGUCUGGCAUUACAUAUAUAUCCACUAAAUGUUUUAUGUAACAUGUGAUUUAUGUUUUAGAGACUUUACCCCGCUGCAACAUAGGAAAAAAAAAAGUUACCCAGGGUGUCCUACAGCCGCCCUGUCAUUGGGUUGUAAGAUCUCAAGGCAAACUGCACAUGACACAAAACCUGAAAAAAUUCACAUCCAAAGUUUUUUGGAGAUUUACAGUUUGAGUAACUCUGUAAAACUAAGGGACACUGGUGCCUUCCUGCCAGAAAAUCACUUUAUUGGUGGUGGGAAGGCAUUUCGGGAACAUUAGUCACCUGUGGUAGCCAACAAAAUAGUACUCUAGGUCAGAGAUCCCUGGGGGUGGUUCACCUUCAAGUUUUAGUAUGUUAUAGAAUGGGCAGCUCUAAACAACUUUUCAAUUGGUCUUCAUUUCUUUUUUUUUUUUUUUUUUUUUUUCAGUUAUUUGAUUUCUCUUCUAUUUCCAGAUUUCAAAAGGGGGUCACUGACCCCAGCAGCCAAAAACUAUUGCUCUUUGAUGCUACAAUAUCAUUAUUUUUACUUACUUAGAUUACUUACCAUCUCCAAUUCAUAUCUCAGUUUCUCAUUUAAACCACAACCUGGUUGCUAGGGUAAUUUGGACUCUAGCAACUAUAUAGCUGCUAGAAUUCCAAACUGGAGAGUCCCUAAAUAAAAAGCUAAAUAACUAAAAAACCACAAAUAAAAAAAUGAAGACCAAAUGCAAAUUCUUUUAGAAUGGCACUCUCUACAACAUGCUAACAGUUAAUCUAAAGCAGAACAAUCACUUUAAAUAAUAAAACACGUAGAUUUGUUUUCCUGCAAUUUAAUUAUCACCGAGGCACAACCAUUUUUUUUGUCGGCAUCCAGAGAGAAGGUUUUGCGCACUAAAUUCUUCUACUUGCAUUAAAAGCAGUAAUAUUAGUCAGAUGUUACACAGUAUAUGUAUUUUAAUGGAAUUAUACACUCAUAAAGGCAAAAUAAAUAGCAUAAAAAGAAAUCAUUGUGGUAGCAUAUUUGUUUAAAGACAUGUAUGGGACAUGGAGGCACAUUAUAAUUAAACUAUGAGGUAAUACAGAUAUCUCAUUAGAGCCCAUAGCUUGGCUGGUGGCCAUAAAAGACUUUGGAGGACCAUCUCAGAGUACAAAUGUGGUAAGUGUGCAGCAGCCCCCAAACACCUCUGUUUCCAAACUGUUAGGUUGCCUUCCCAUAGAAAACCAAAUAACUGAAAGAAGGGAGGGUAACAUAGGCAAUGUGAAGGCCAUUUAGGUUGCAGUCUAAAGGAGAAUGCUUAUUUGCUGUUAGAUAUUUGUAAAAGCACAUCCUGAUGAUAACCUAAGGUUACAUUUCGGGAGACUUACUUAUUUCUGUGCAAGAUAUUCUUGGAUUUACAGCAGGAUGACUAAUCUAAAAACAUUUUGGGGAAUGGUGAUCCCAUUGAUUAGUUUCUGGUCCUGUUACAUGGAAAAAACAGCAGUGAUAAUUCCCCAUUAGACAAAACCCAGGUUAUAGAUAUGUGUUAAAAGACAUUAAAUCUUUCCCAAUGAUACAGAGUGACAAAGUAGGGGUACUGUAAUUUACAAUAUGCCUGAGAAGUUAUAGGUUUGUCCUCAAAAUGGCAAAAGUGGAAGCUCCUAAAUUCUGAAAAAAUGACAAUACUAGGAGGGUCGCUUAACAAUUACAGAUGGUUCUGAUCAAUUUGCUUUGGCACAGCAUUCUUUAACAAAUAAAAGAUCUCAGGAAAGACUCGCGUGCAGCCUGUCCUAUGGGUCUAGGAGGCCUGCCAGAAGUGCAGAGCACUAGCAGCUUCCCUAAGCUUGUGGCAGUGCAAGACUCAGCCUUAAUUAGAAGCAGAGGGAUCUCCCGUUGUCUCAGAGGGAUGCUCAUGCCAACUAUUCAAAGCUUGGGAAUCAUCCAGCACACAUUUAGGAAUUAUGGAAUGCAGUCCUUGUUAAAUAUGUUGUAAAUUGUUAGACACGGAGCAGCAUUCUUUUGUAAUGCAAUUCUGUGUGAAGAUUUCGUAGUUUAGCUAAUGGCAGGGGCACUGCUGCCAUGAGGUGAGUUGAGAAACUUGCCUUUGGCAGCAGCUCCCCUGUAGUUACCAGGGGCAGCAAAUGCCUCUCCUGGUAGCUUCAAGAACUGAAAGAGAAAGUCAAAUGCCUCCAUGGAAGCAACACACUAGGAAACCAUGGCCACCAGGGCAUGUUGCCUGUAAUUUCCCUAGUAGGAUGUACGGAUCAAUGGUCAACCCACACCUGACCUUAAUCUACCAGCUCCCAAAACCUACCCAACCAAGCUAGCCAUAACUACUUACAUAUAUGCACCGGACAUGCCUAUUUUUUAUGUCACUGGAGAAGGUGGGGCAACGCCGGUAUGAGUAAAUAAACAGCAAAGCCUGAAGGCAGAAGCAGGGCAUAAUAAUGUCGCUGGUGGCUUCAGGCAGGGCCGAACAUCACUAAACCCUAGCAUAAAUGUGCACUAUUGCAUACUUUUUACCAGAGCAAGUUGGACAGGUACACAUUACUAGGAGCAUUUAUGGGUUCAAGUACCUCUGUGAAUAGUAUCUAUUCUUGCCUAUUUUACUUGCACUCCUAAAUGAUCUCUAUUACACUGUUUUUUCAUGCAAAUUUUGUGCACAAAUGAUAAAAAGUUCGGAAAUGUCACGUGUAUAAAUCUGUAAUGCUAGCACUGCACUUUUAGGGACAGUAAGAAAACUGUGCAGCAUGUGCAUUCUCUACUCCUUUGUUGUGCAGCAUUGCCACUAACUAUAACUACAUUAAAAUAAAACAUACAAACUAUUUCAACUC